UCCGUAUAGGUGAAUAUGUUUGGCUAUCCGUUACGGUAAUAACAGUCGAUAUCACAACGCUAACUCUCUCUGCCAUUAUGUUUCUCUUUCUGUCGGUCUGUCUCUUGUCUCCUAGGGAGGUCUGCCAUUGUGCUGUCAUCUGUACCUUUCCAGCUGCUGCUGUACCUGACGGCUGCUUAUUAUGUCUUCUAUUUCCUCUCCACUCUCGGCAUGAUCAUUUACAAGAGCCAUGUGCUGAGCUACCCUGAUGACAGGCUAGCUCUUGACGUGGGUCUGCUGCUCCUCAUGGCCGCCCUCGAAGUCAUCCGUCUCUUCUUCGGUGUGAAGGGCAACCUAAAGGAGGCUGGGGGCUAUAUAGUGGCCAACCUGGUCCUGACAGGGACAACAACCCUGCUGUCUGUCUACUUCUUGGCCUGGCAGUCCUACGUGCUGCGGGCAGAUGUAAUUAUCAAUGCAGUCUUGCUAGUUGCCUACGGUAUGGGUGCAGUCCUGUCUUUCAUCACUGUUGCCCGUUUCACCAGGUCAGAGUUUCGCCCUCACUAUUCCUGAUCACAAACAAUCUUGUCAGGAACAGUUGGCAUGUUUGA